GAGGCUGACAGCAAGGACCUGGAGGUAAGAGUCCCCUGCUCCUCCAAGCUCUCAGAAAUCUCAAGGUCAGGGGGCUCAGGCAGCCUUGGGGGCUCUUGUGUGCUGGGACCAUGGACUGGCAGCAGCUGUGGCUGGCCUUCUUCCUUCCCAUGACAGUCUCAGGCCGGGCUCUGGGGCCUACAGAGAAGGAGGCAGUCUUGGAUUACCUGCUGCAGUAUGGCUAUCUACAGAAACCUCUGGAAGGAGCUGAUGUCUUCAGGCUAGAAGAUGUCACGGAGGCGCUAAGAACUUUCCAGGAAGCAUCUGAACUGCCCGUUUCCGGUCAGAUGGAUGAUGCCACAAGGGCCCGCAUGAAGCAGCCCCGUUGUGGUCUGGAGGAUCCCUUCAACCAGAAGUCUCUUAAAUACCUACUUCUGGGCCAGUGGAGAAAGAAGCACUUGACAUUCCGCAUCGUGAACGUGCCCUCCAGCCUCUCACUCCCCAGAGUACGAGCAGCCCUGCAUCAAGCCUUUAAGUAUUGGAGCAGUGUGGCCCCACUGACCUUCCGGGAGGUGAAAACUGGUUGGGCUGACAUCCGCCUCUCCUUCCAUGGCCGCCAAAGCCCAUACUGCUCCAAUACCUUUGAUGGGCCUGGAAAGGUCCUGGCCCACGCCGACAUCCCAGAGCUUGGAAGUGUACAUUUCGAUAAGGAUGAAUUCUGGACCGAGGGGACCUACCAAGGCGUGAACCUGCGCAUCAUUGCGGCCCAUGAGGUGGGCCACGCCCUGGGACUUGGGCACUCCCGGUAUACCCGGGCACUCAUGGCUCCUGUCUAUGCUGGCUACCGGCCCUACUUCAAGCUGCAUCCGGAUGACGUGGCGGGGAUCCAGGCUCUCUAUGGCAAGAGGAGUCCUGACACAGGCGAUGAGGAGGAAGAGAACGAGAUGCACACUGUGUCACCAGUGACUGCAAAACCUGGUCCCAUGCCAGACCCCUGCAGCAGCGAUGUCGAUGCCAUGAUGCUGGGGCCUCGUGGGAAGACUUAUGCUUUCAAGGGCGACUAUGUGUGGACUGUAACAGAUUCAGGGCCAGGCCCCUUGUUCCGAAUAUCUGCCCUGUGGGAGGGGCUUCCUAGAAACCUAGACGCUGCCGUCUACUCUCCCCGGACACAACGGACUCAUUUCUUCAAGGGAAACAAGGUAUGGCGGUAUGUGGAUUUCAAGAUGUCUCCUGGCUUUCCCAUGAAACUCAACAGAAUAGAACCCAACCUGGAUGCAGCUCUCUAUUGGCCUGUUAACCAGAAGGUGUUCCUUUUUAAGGGCUCCGGAUACUGGCAAUGGGAUGAACUGACCAGAACUGACCUCAGCCGCUACCCCAAACCAAUCAAGGAACUGUUUACUGGAGUGCCAGACCAACCCUCGGCAGCUAUGAGCUGGCAAGAUGGCCAAGUCUACUUCUUCAAGGGCAAAGAGUAUUGGCGCCUUAACCAGCAACUUCGAGUGGCCAAGGGCUAUCCCAGAAAUAUGACACACUGGAUGCACUGUGGUCCUCAGACUCCAGACACUAACUCAUUAACCAGGGAUCUUACUCCUUCCACCACAGAUACAGCCUUGGGUACCACUCCUUCAACCACGCACUCAACCUUGGAUAUUCCCUCAGCCACAGAGUCUAGCUCCCUCUCAUUCUCUGCCAACGUCACCCUGCUAGGGGCCUGAGAACUAUUCAGUGUCUGCUCAUUAGCGUUGUGCAGAUGUUACCAAAUGGGCACUAGGCCUAAUGCCCCUAGAUAUUACAAUUCUGGAUGCCACUUUCCUAUGUUCCUAGAAGGUGCCCACUUAAUUCUGAGUCAGUCUCCAAUUCCUGUUUCUUCUUGUCAUAUAGCUGUUUCGUGUGACAUAUACCCUCUGGCCUCUGGUAGAGGGAAAUUGUCUAUCAGCAGUUGGUUUUUUGUUUGUUUGUUUGUUUUGACAGGGUUUCUCUACAUAGCACUGGCUAGGCUAUCAGCUAUACUGAAACUCUAUGUAGAUCUGUAGACCAGGCUGCCCUGAACUCACAGAGACCCACCUGCCUGCCUGUGCCUCCUGAGUGCUGGGAUGAGAGGCCUGUGCUACUAUGCCUAGCUAGUGUUCUUUUUUUCUUUUUUUUUUUAGAUUUAAGGCAUGUGUUACCAUGUCCAGCUGUUGGGGCUUUAGCUAACAGGAGGCAACAGCUAACAGCUGGCUGUUGAAUACCUGGGUUGUGUUCUUCCAACAUAAAGUGCAAGAAACUCGCACUUGGCCAGUAAACUAAACUUGGGAUUUGGAGUCCUUGAGCCACCUGACUAUGGCUUUUGGCUAGCUAAUUAACCUUGUCAAACCUUGUAUUCCCUAUUAACAAAAUAAGGUUAAUAUCAA